AUGCAUAGAGAAUUUCUAUAUAUUCAACAAAUUGGUAGUGUGAAUUGGUUAUUACAUACACUUUAUACCCAAUCAGCGUUUUCCAAGUGUACAGAUAUCAUUAAAAAGUGUACUAAUGGGCAAUUUACGUUAAAUGACGAUUACCAUUUGUAUUGUUUAAGUCUAAUAAAUCGACUUGGUGGGUGUAUACAACAAUCCUUGGAUAGUUUAUUUAAAUGUUUGGAGCAUGACAAUAAGUCAGUUGAUAUAAUGAAGCAAAUCGCAAAGUCAUUGUAUUUACAAGGUCAUCAUAAUGAAGCAUUGGAAAUUUAUCAAGAUGCUUUAAAACUUAAUCAAAAUGAUUGGGAAAUACCAUUUGGACAAGGUAUAUGUUAUUUCUACAUGAAAAAAUUUGAAUCGGCUGAAAAGUAUUUUAAAAAAUCUAGUAAACUCACCAAAAGCAUUAAACCAUUGAAAUGGUUAGCAAAAGUUCAUUUAGAAAAGAGCUCAAUAAAUUCUGCUAUUGCAACGUUGAAGAAAGCAACCUCACUAGUACCUGAAGAUCCGGAUAUCUUAUCUAAUCUGGGUUCAUUAUAUUUCCAAACCAAUCAAGAACAAUUAGCAUUUGAAUGUUUAAGCUCAGCAAUUAUUUUAAAACCGGAUCAUUUUGAUGCAAAUCAAUUAGCCGGUUUAGUUAUUACACUGCAUAAAGAUUAUGAUGUGGCAUUGAAUAAAUAUCGAUCAAUAUUAAAACAAUCUUCUGAAAGUUCAAUAUUAUGGAAUAAUAUUGGUGUAGCACUAAUGGGUAAAAGAAACUUAAUAGCUUCUAUUACUUGUUUUAAACGUGCCAGUUACUUAACACCAUUCGAUUGGAGAAUAUCAAUUAAUCUGGGCAUAAUUUAUAUGCAUACAUCACAAUGGUUAAGUGCAUUUCAACAUAUCACUACAUCAAUUAAUCUGUUUAAUAUCAUUAAACAAAGAUCAAUCCGUCGUUCUGCUAUAAAUCAUAAUGACAAAAAUAAUCAUAAAACUACUCAUGAUGUUGGCAUGUUAUAUUGUCUUUUGGGUUAUUGUUUAAUUAAAUUAAAUGAAUAUUCCAAAGCUUAUGAAGCUUUUAUGAAUGCAUAUAAACAAAGCAAUAAAAAUCCUUUAGUGAUUUUGAAUUGUGCAAAUUUUCUUGUCAAAUCAAACAAAAAAUUGGCCAAUCAAAUGUUUGCAAAAUAUAAAAAACUUAAUUUAACCAGUGAAUUUGAAUUACCAUAUUGGGUGAAUAAAAAUGAUAUGGAUAAAUUAGUCAAUCAAUUGGAUACACAUCUUAGACAAAAUACUACAGAAUCAACUGAUUCUAUGCAAAUUUCAAUAUAG